AUGACGGGCGGAGACGAAGAGGAGACGAGAUACGCGAAAUUCGAAUACAUUCCGAACGAGGAAACGUGGCGAGCGAAAGCGAGAUGGAACUGGGGAUCUCCCGUUGGCACGGCGCACGAGUGCGCGAAAGUUUGCCGAACGAAGUUUUACGUCGAGCAGGCGAGAGCGUUGUUCCUGGAACACUUUACGAUUCGAGACCGGCACGACCGAGAGGAGUUGAAACUCGUGUUAGCGCUGUUGAUGCAACGAGAAGGACACGAAACCGGCGACCCAAACGGGUGGAACGAAAACGUCGCGAAACGAUUGGUAAACGCGGAAUUUGAAGACGAAGAGAAAGGGUUCGAGAGUUUCGUGGAAUGCGUGAGAGCGCAGGUUGGUGUAGAGGAGAGCGCGGGAGAGAGAGAGGUGUUGGCGAAAGCGUUGGAGACGUUGAGGUUCGUCGAACGAGGGCCGUGA